CCCACAUCCAUGGCCAUGCAUACUUGUAUGUAUUGCGUUGACGGCGUCACUGCGGAUGUCAGGUAUUGGAUUGAUGGCUGCGACCGCACUAGAGAACAACGGUGCGAUCGUCUAUAUCGUCGGACGCCGAGUCGAAGUUCUCGAGAAAGCUAUCCGAGAGUGUAGUAAACACGGGAACAUGAUACCACUUCAAGGAGACGUGACAUCCAAGGAAGAAUUGCAGACCAUGGUCAGCAUCGUCAAAGCCAGACACGGUUAUAUCAACCUUCUGGUCAACAACGCGGGCAUCCUGCUCGCGCAACAACCGAAGCUCCCAUCGCGAGCGCAAGCGGCAGACGACAUCACGCAGCUCCAGUCACUGCUCUGGAACACCGAGACGCACGACAGCUUCGGGAAGACGUUCGAGGUGAACGUCGCAGCCCUGUGGUUCUGCACUGUUGCUUUCCUCGAGCUUCUCCACGAGGGCAACAAGCGCAGCCUCGCCGACGGCGGCUCGGGCGUGAGCAGUCAGGUACUCACGAUGAGUAGUCUCGCGAGCUUGCGGAAGGAGAGCACGGUGUACAGCCUGAGCUACACUCUCAGCAAGGCUGCCGCGACUCACCUCGGAAAGCUCACUGCGCAUUACUUCAAGGAUUGGAAGAUACGGAGUAAUGUAAUUUGUCCGGGGAUCUUUCCGUCAGAAAUCGUCGACACAUCAUUGAUGGACGGAGCACGGAAGGCGGCUGAAAAGGCUACGCCCGUGGGGCGCUUGGGCGCACCAGAUGACAUGGCAGGGCUCACGCUCUUCCUCGCGAGUAAAGCUGGGUCUUACUUCGACGGUGCCCUACUUUUGAUAGACGGGGGUAGGUUGCUGUCAAUGCCUUCGGUAUUCUGAAAAUGUCCGGAUAUCCUACUGCAUCAUGUAGUAAUACAGAGUACUAUCGUGAACGUAUGUAAAGUAGUCUGGUGGUACUGCACGUCGAGCCGGUGCUAUUUCAACUUCUAGUCGAAUGCAGAUGCAUGCUCCGCGUGGUUGUCGGCGAGAUAGCACACUGGGUGCGUCUGACUCUAGCGCUCGUGCCACAGACGCGUCUCGAGGUCGUGACUGUCAGUGCGACCUGCUCAUACCUCGCACCAAGCUCUCACGACUACCU